AUGUUCCCGUCGGAUUCGGCCAAGCACGGACGUCAAAUGUUGAUCCGCAUUAAUGUUUUCCUGGCAUUGCUUCUGGGCAGCGGACUACUCUCGUUGGGAAUCAUCUAUGGCUUAGUAGUAUCAAAUAAUAAUGCCCUCAAACAUGAGUUUACAAAAAAAGAAUUUCAAUUUUCUGGAACUACUGACUCUGAACUCAAUAUGGAUCUUGUUUAUAAACUAAAGAAAGAACUUGCUUCGGCAAACGAUAAAAUAGAACAACUUGAAAAUAAGAUGCAAGGGUUUGAAGAACGUAUCAAAAAGCCUUAUCCAAAUGUCAAAUAUUUAAACUAUCGUACAAAAAAACGCAUUUUGGUUACAGGUGGUGCUGGCUUUGUUGGAUCUCAUCUGGUUGACAAAUUAAUGAAAGCUGGCCAUGACAUUACUGUAGUUGAUAAUUUUUUUACUGGAGUCAAAGCAAAUGUUGAACAAUGGAUUGGCCAUGCCAAUUUUGAACUAAUACAUCAAGAUAUAGUCAAUCCUCUGUUUGUAGAAGUUGAUGAAAUUUAUCAUUUAGCUUCACCUGCAUCACCCCCGCAUUACAUGUUUAAUCCAGUCAAAACUAUUAAGACUAAUACAAUUGGAACAAUCAAUAUGUUAGGAUUAGCAAAGAGAGUGGGUGCUAAAGUCUUGAUUGCUAGCACUUCUGAAGUUUAUGGUGAUCCUGAAGUACAUCCACAACCAGAAACAUAUUGGGGACAUGUGAAUCCAAUUGGUCCACGGGCAUGUUAUGAUGAAGGAAAAAGAGUUUCAGAAACAUUGAGUUAUGCCUAUGCUAAGCAUGAGAAAGUAUCUGUGCGUGUUGCCAGAAUAUUUAAUACGCACGGGCCCCGAAUGCAUAUGAAUGAUGGUCGUGUAGUGUCUAACUUUAUAGUACAAGCUCUUCGAAAUGAACCAAUUACAGUAUAUGGUAGAGGUAAUCAAACUCGUUCAUUUCAAUAUGUAUCUGACUUAGUAGAUGGAUUAAUUGCAUUAAUGGAUUCUAAUUAUACACAACCAGUUAAUCUUGGCAAUCCAACUGAACAUACAAUAAAUGAAUUUGCGGCAAUAAUUAAAGGUUUGGUUGGUGGAAAAAGUACUGUAAUUACAAGUUCUGCUGUUGAAGAUGAUCCACAAAGAAGAAAACCAGACAUUACAAGAGCAAUGACAUACCUUAAUUGGAAACCUAAGGUAGGCCUCAAAGAAGGUUUAAAAAUGACAAUAAAUUACUUCAAGCAAGAAUUAAGGAAAUCACAAAAAACUGCUUGAUAUGUAAUUAUUUAGCAUAUAUAUAUAUAUAUAUAUGUGUGUAUAGAUUAUUAUUUAACUAUUUUUACUUUAUAUUGUUGACAUUUUUUUAAAUCGAUGAACCUUGAUUUGGAGUUAAUACUAUGAGUAUUAAGUAUAUUAAUAUGAGAAUUAUUUUAUUUU